AUGGACGCCCCUCGGCAUCUUCAGGCUGGGAGCUGCCAGCAGCAAGAGAGGGGCAGCAUCGAGAGGCAAAGCCACCCAGAUGAAUCAAUGCAGCCCGUGGGCUUGGGGGGUGCCAGGCUGCAGGGGGGCCAGAUGGAGAGGGACCCCACUUACCUGCCUCCUGGAGCCGAAGCCCCACACAGCGAGAAGAUCGACUGCCCGGCCUCCAUCACGCUGCGACUGGGCCCCAAGAAGGACCGGCUGGUGGUGAUUGAGGCCAGCCUGGAGCACAACCACAAGUUGUCAGAGGUGGAGUUUGCUCACUACUUCAAGCGUCACCAGCUGGAGGCCAGCAUGGGGCUGCCCAUCCGCAUCACCAACAGCGUGUCCAAGCGGUUCCUGGCGCCCGACCUGAUCUGGAACCUGGAGGACUACAGCAAGGCCAAGGACAAGGGCAUGUGCGAGCUGCUGAGCCAGCUGGACGGCCUAUUCAAGAGCGACCCGGGCGCCAAGGUCAAGCUGGUCUUCCAAGAGGACGUGGCCGUGCUCAACAGCAUCUUCCUGGCCACGUCGCACAUGCGGAGCCUGGUGCAGCGCUUCCCCCGCUGCCUCUACAUGGACAAGGCGGCCUGCGUCAACAGCGAGUUCGAGCUCUACUCGGUGCUCUGCCAGGACGGCAAUGGGCGGGGCCGCGAGUGCGCCUACUGCGUGGCCCGCCGGGGUGUGCCCGAUCUGGUCAUCUUCAUUGUGGCCUCCCUGGUGCAGAGCGCGCCCGACAUCAAGCUGAAGGUGAAGUGCCUGACCGUGGGGGCGAGCAUCACGGACGUGGACGCGGUGGAGGAGGUGCUGCCUUGUGCCCGGGUGCAGAUCUGCCGGCUGCAGGUGCUGGAGGCGCUGUACCGCAAGGCGCGCGAGCUGGCUGUGCCCAAGGAGGACAAGGUGCGCAACCUGCUGCACAACAUGGCCAACGCCAGCUCGCCCCGCGUCUACAGCCAGUACCUCAGCGACCUGGAGGACGUGGCGCCGCUGCCCUUCCUGCAGUACUACUUGGAGCACUGGCACCACAACAAGGGCAUGUGGGCGGAGUGCUGGGCCUUCGAGCGCAACUGCGACUGCCCCUUCCUGGAGCACAUGAGCUUCCACCAGCAGAAGCUGCGCUCGGCGCUGAGCCCGCCCCUGGGGCUAGCGGCCUGCGUGCGGGGGCUGCUGGAGCUUCAGGCGCUGCGGGUGGAGAUGGCGGCGCUCAAUGAAGAGCGGGUGUCGGAGCUGUACCGCGCCGUGUGCCCGCCUGACAGUGCUGCGCUCAUCGCCGAGGAGCUUGGCCUGGCCAAGCACGCCAACUACCACGUCAAGGAGGUGCCCGAGGGCUUCCUGCUGGAUGGCGGCAUCUGCUCCUUCCUGGUGAGCCGCGACCUGGCCGCCUGCUCCUGCUCCAUAUAUGUCUCAAGCCGCCGGCCCUGCCGCCACCUCUUCGCCACCCGCCUCUGGACUGGGCAGCCCCUCUACGACCCUGGCUUGCUGCAUGCCCCAUCGGGCGGUGAGGGGCAGGACACCUACGGGGGCUGGGUGAGGGCUGCAGAGCAUUGUGGGGGCUGGGGGCUCUGGUCCCUGCUAUUGCUGCUUGCGGAGCAUCCUGGUGCUGCCGGGCUGGCUCAGCCGCCCCGCGGGAUGGAGGAGGACGAGCUGCAGGAGAAGGAGUUCUUCUCGUGGGAGGAGUUCAGCGCCUUCUUCGACGCCUGGUGCGAGCGCAGGAAGGUCCUGUUCUUCGUCAAGAAUUCGGUGCCGCUCAGCAAGUGCAAGUGGGCAACGGUGCCCCCACGGCCCGACGUGGUGGAGGCCCUCAAGUACAGCUCCGUGCGCCUGGUCUGCAAGGACUUUCGUGGCUCCAGCAAGCCCGACCAGGGGGGGCAGCACAAGGGCUGCUGUGCCAGCAUUGUGCUGAAGAUGAGCCCCAAGAAGGACCGGCUGAUCGUCACCGAGUGCCAGCUGGCCCACAACCACGCCCUGUGCCCCAUCGAGUUCGCCUACUACUUCAAGAAGGGCUACCUGAUGGCCAACUCGUGCUUGCCGGUGCGCACCACCAACAAGAUCUCCAAGCAGUUUGUGGGGGGGCCAGACGUGCGGCGCCUGCUCUCCUACUGCAAGAGCCGUGACCAUGGGGUGCUGGACGUGCUGACCGUACUGGACGGGCUCUUCGCCAGCGACCCCAGCGCCAAGGUCAAGCUGGUCUUCAUGGAGGACAAGGUCAUCGUCCAGACCAUCUUCUUCCUGAGCUCGCGCAUGAUGGCGCUGAGCCGGCGCUUCCCGCUCAUGCUGUUCUUCGACCGCAUGGUGGGGCUGAACGAGGAGUUUGACCUGUAUUCGGUGCUGUGCGUGGACGGGGCGGGGCGCGGCCGCGAGGUGGCCUACUGCCUGACGCAGCGGGAGACGCCCGACCUGCUGCGCUUCACGCUGGCCUCGCUGGUGCAGAGCGUGCCUGAGGUCAAGCUACAGGUGCGGUGCAUCACGCUGGGCGUGGAGAUUGCCCACCUGGAGGCGGUGAAGGAGCUGCUGCCCAAUGCCCGCGUGCAGAUCUGCCGCUCCCAGGUACUAGAGACGCUCUUCAGCAAGGCGCAGGAGCUGGGUGCCGCCGAAGAUGAGCGCAUCUGGCCCCUGCUCUGCCGGCUGGCUGCAGCCAAGUCGCCGGCCGCCUACCAGCAGGCGGUGCAGGAGAUGAAGACCAUUCUCCCCCAGCGCUUCGUGCGCUACUUCCAGCGCCAUUGGCAGCCGCGCAGUGAGAUGUGGGUGCAGUUCUGGGCCUUUGAGACGGCCCGCAACGUCAACGCCUGCGAGCUGCUCAAGCAGCACCAGCGCCGGCUGCUGGCAGCCCUCAGCCCCUCGCCCACCGUGGCCCAGUGCAUGCUGGACCUGCUGGCCAUGCAGGUGGGCAGCGAGGCCCACGAGCUGGACGAGGGAGAGCUGGCCACGCACUACCGUGCCAUCUGCAAGCCAGAGCCGGCUGGCCUGAUCGAGGAGGAGCUGGGCUUUGCACGGCACGGCCGCUACCGCUUCCAGGAGACGGCCGAGGGCUAUCUGCUCCACGACGGCCUGUCUGAGUUCGCCAUGGAUCAAGCCCUGACGCGCUGCUCCUGCUCCAUCUACACCUCCAGCCUGCUCCCCUGCCGCCACCUCUUCGCCACACGCCUGCGCACCGGGCUGGCGCUCUUUGACCCUGGCCUGCUGCACAGGAACCGGGCAGCACUGCUGGGCGCAUGCUAGGGCCGUGGGGCAGGGACUCCAGCUGCUCCGGGUGCUUACUGUGUAAGUCAGGGGGCCAGGCACUGGUGCGGGGCUGGCUGCACAUCUGCAGCUCGCACAGCAGGGGAGAAGCCAGCCCAUUGCCACGAUGGGGGUGCCCUGCGAUGACGUCAGGAUGGAGGGGAUACCUGGGUGCUGGUCCUGUUUGACUUGUUUUCACAGAGAAGAGAAAGUGGCAGGUGGUGCUGUCCUGUAGCUGAGAGCACCCACAGCCAGUGCCUGGCAGGGACCUCAGUGGGUUGGGUGCCCAUCAUGGGCUGGGUGCUGCUGUCCCAUAGCUCAGAGCACCUGCAGCCCAGGCCGGGUAGAGAUCCCAAGGUGUCUGUGUACCCAUGGUGGGCUGGGCACUGCUGGCCCGUAGCUGAGAGCACCCAGAGCCCCUGGCAGAGGUGGGUGGGUGGAUGUUGCCAUGUGGGGUGUGACACUCUGGAGUGUCUGCGCCUGCCGAGGUGGGUGGGUGGAUGAUGCCAUGCAGGGUGUGACACUCUGGGGUGUCUGCGCUGCAGAGGUGGGUGGGCGGAUCAUGCCAUUUUGGGUGUGACGCUCGGGGGUUUCUGCGCUGCAGAGGCGGGCGGAUAAUGCCAUACGGUGUGUGACGCUCUGGGGUGUCUGUGCUGUCAGAGGUUGGUGGGUGGAUGGUGUCAUGCAGAGUUUGACACUCUAGGGGUGUCUGCGCUGGCAGAAGUGGGUGGGCGGAUGGU